CGCUGACACGCUCGCAGCUGAGCAACAAAACAGUCAUGGCAGAGGUUCAGAACAUACGCGAAGGCAAACGUCGCCCGCUUGCAUCACUCAAGAUCGUAUGCGACCGAGAGCUGAGCCCGCUAGUAGCACGCUCGCCAUCCAUAUCACUAUUGACAUCACCUAGGAAACGCAAACACGACAGCCCGCCUCUGUCACCAUCAUCGCCCAGCACACCUUCGACUAAGCGGCGUCUGCUAGAUGCGUUUCGAUCUAUUGCACCUCUGCGGUCGCCCAGUCGGACAAAGAGCGCGAGUCCAUCGCCAAGCAAGUCAUUCAUGUCGAGCGCGCGCGACCUGGCAAGCGCAGCUCGAAGUAUGAGUCCGCCCGGCUUGCCACGUCGCGACUCGGCAUCCUCGCUACUUCGUCAAGCUGGGCCGACGUUUGAGAUCUUCUCAGACUCAGCGUCGCAUGCGAACCUGCCAGCCGAUGUGCCGCCGUCACAACAACUAGACCCAGAGGAUGAUAAGGAGAACGCCAAGCCCACCUUCAGCCCACCAUCGCCAACAAACUCAGCAAAAAAAGCCCGGUAGAUUCAGACUUGUACAAUGCAAUUAAUUUAUU